AUGCCGCUGCUACUUCGCAACCUCAGCACCGCCUCUGCUUCGCCCUCCGCCGAGCUGCUGUUGAGCGUGCAGCGGAUGGAGCACGCAUCCACACCAGCGGAGGCGAAGCUGAAAUGCGCGACCACUGCGCUUCAGGAGGUGGCAGGCCUCUUCUCACCCCAGUUGGGGCCAUUGCUCACCUCCGCCGACGUCCGUAUUGCCGUUGCAGAUGGUUUUGUGCAGCAAGCAGCACUGGCAGUAGGGAAGGGCACUGGAGAAGGAGAGACAAGUGCUGCCCGUUUUUGCCACUAUUCGGGGAAAUUCUUCUGCGCCAACUGUCAUUGGGGUGACCUGUGGUGUAUACCGGGAAAAGUCUUUGCCCUUGGAAUCACCUCUCCCUACCCAGUGUCGCGUGAUUCUCUCAUUGCUCUCGAAUACAUGUGGCCACGCCAACAGUUCAGCUCUCCAGAACCUUGGCAACGAUGGAAUGGACAGGCCGUACUGACGGGGAGCCUUAGAAUGCGAGCUCAUCGCCUCCUUUUUACUUACUUUCGCGUCUGUCGUGAGGCCGCUGCUCUUCUGCACAAGUUCGAGGCAAGCAGAGCUAGCGCUGUAAUUGCUACUUAA